GUGGCCGAGAUUGUCAAAAGCAAAAGUCACUCUCGUCUCUUCCAUCGACUAGAAUAUGAGUACAGAUCAACAAAUGUAUCUGGCGGUAGCUCCCAGAGCUAGCUCGUCGCACCUGAACAAACCAGCACGUCAGCUCGUGCCCGCCUUUCUCCAGAAACUAUAUGAAAUGGUUAAUGACCCCUCAGACCACGAUCUCAUUCGAUGGUCUGAUACCGGUGACUCUUUCUUUGUCCUCGACCAAGAGCGCUUCGCAAGCGAAGUCCUAGGACGCUGGUUCAAACACAAGAACUUCUCCUCAUUUGUCCGCCAACUCAACAUGUAUGGCUUUCACAAAAUUCCUCAUCUCCAACAAGGUGUGCUCCGUUCAGACUCUGAUACCGAAUUCUGGAACUUCGAGCAUCCCCAUUUCCUCCGUGGCCAACCGGAUAUGCUCUGCCUUAUCCAACGCAAGAAGCAGGCCGCAUCCACCUCCGAUAUUGCUUCUGCCGUCGCUGAAGUUCCCAAUAAAGACGUGGGGGCAGCUGCGUCUGUGGGCGCCUUGACCCCUGGCCAAUUGAUGGACAUGAAUUCAAUCGUGAAUGGUAUUCAAGCGAUCAAAAGACACCAAGCUGCCAUCUCUGCUGACCUCAACGACCUCAAGUCCUCCAAUCAACAUCUUUGGCAGGAAGCCAUCGCUGCUCGUGAGAGGCAUAAGAAACACCAGGACACCAUUAAUCGUAUCCUCAAAUUCCUUGCUGGAGUGUUCGGUCAUGCAGACAAUCCAAUACGCAAGGAUGAUAUAGGUGGAGGUGGCGUUGUCAGUGGUGGUGAGGGGGGUGAGAUCAUUGCAAGGAAACCACAGCGGUUGAUGAUCGGCGAUGGACGCAGUAGCGGAGGGAGUGGUGCAAAGAAGGGUGUCGACGUUACUGAGAUCAUAGAGGACCAGCAGAGGACCAGCAUAGAUAGUGCAAAGUCUUCUGAAAUGGGUACGUCCUUAUGUUUGCAUGUGUGUCUCGGUAUUGACGCCCUAGUCUACAUGAUUUUGUAGAUUUUUUCGCAACUCUGGACACACCUUCCGCUAUCCCAUCUGAGUAUGGCCCUUCGUGCAAUACUUCACCCCGAUUUGCGUCUGUCGAACCCUCUCUUCCUGAUGCCCCAACACCCUCAGUAGAUGCAAAUACCACGUCAUGCCCCAACACCGCCCCCAUCAACACCACCACUACAGCCAACCCCAUCAAUC